AUGCCGCAAUUAUUGAAAAAAAUAAUAACGCUUCUGAGCGCCCUGUUCACCCUUCAGUGGAAGGCAGCCCACUGUGUACACUCCCUCCACAUGUACAAAGGGACACAUAACAGGAAAAUAAUAAAUUCGGUGUUGUAUCUAGAUAGGCAGUUAUGUGACCCUUUUUUAUAUACCCCCAUUCGAAAGAGAAAGCCUCCCAAUGGGGCCACACAGAACAAGAUCAGAUGUACCCCGGCAGGGAAGGAAGAAGAGGACGCUGCAUUUGGAAUUGAACUGGAGAAUCUCGUGAAAGACCUAGAGGAGGGGAAAUACGGGGAUGAGUCGCUGAAUCUAUACAGGGAGGUGGAGCGCAGGAGCUCAGAGGAAGAAGAAAAGGAAGCCCAAGGAAUGAAAAAAACAGAAGAACAAAUCGACAUGCACGAUGUGGAAGGCGUAAUUAACAACACGGAUACAAAUCUUAAGACCUCCGUCAGAAAGGCAUUUUACAACACAGAUCUAAAUGAACAGGAUAGCCAAGAGGUGAAGAAAGAAUAUAACAUGAUGAAAAAAAUUGAAAAAACUUUUGAUGACAUUGACGAUGUGAAUUAUCCUGAGGAAAAAUUAAACAUGAAAAAUGUUUUGGAUAAAAUUAACUCCAUGAAAGACCCGGUGAAUCCAGAGACGCCAUUCAAGGACACCGCGAAGACUUUGCUGAAGUACAAGGGACUGCUGCACAUGCCAUAUGUGCAGUGUAGGAUGCUCAACGAUGGCCAGCUCCACUGGAGAGAAUCGCUGGAUCACCUCGAGUUAAAUAUCCCCAUUUUUGAAGAGACCGAUCAGAAAGACGUCCUUUUCCAAUUCGGAAAUGACCACAUCAAGUUGGAAAUCCUCAGGAGUGACAGCAAAGUCCUUCUGCUAAAUCAUAAGGUAAACCUUUGUGCAGGAAAAGACUCAACGCAUGUAACGGCGUUCUACCUCACGCAGUUAGAAGUUGUGCAAAGCAACUACCACACAGUUGAGCUAGCCAUUUCGCUAUGUGGGAAGAUAAACUACGGAGACGCGUACUGGGUGAUAACUGGCGAUUACAAAGAGGGCGAGAAGCACAUCAAUUUGGUCAUUCCCAAAAUGGGGGCUUUUAAAUACAUAUGGGAGAAAUUACUGCAGGACGGGGAACAGGGGACCUAG